AUUGGAAUGGCUCCGCUCGCGUGGACUCUCCGAGUGUACUGGAAAAGGUACACGUUUGCGGCCGUAGCCUCGAUCCUGGUAUCGAAAUAUGCCGCCAAGAGAUUCAGGUGGGCCGUGCACUCCGUCUUUUACCCACACAACCAGUAACUCCACUUCCAUUUCUUCCAGGGACAACAACAUAAUACGAGCCUACUGCAGACAAGCCAAGGUUUAGUUGGAGACUAAACUAUACCUCAUUGCACGCCCACGUGUGACAUAAAAUCUUAGAGUCUUGUACUGGUUGUAGAGAUAUGGAGAGGAGAGGGUGGUCAUUGCUGAGAGAGAUGGGAAGCCGGGGCAAGCCAAAAAGAUGGUCAUCUUGCUAAAUCCCGCAGCCAAUAAGAGGUAUAGCUAUUCUUCUAGUUUUAAAAUUGCGGUCUGUAUGUGUCUGCAGAGAUGCCAAGCUGCAGUUCAUGAAGUAUUCUGCUCCACUCUUCCACCUGUCUGGAAUUGAUGUGACUGUUGUCGAGAGUCAAAGAGAAGGUCACCUGCGUUCCCUGAUGAGCUACAUAGACCCCCAGACUGAUUACAUCGUGGUUGCCGGGGGAGAUGGAACACUGAUGGAGGUGUUGACUGGUUUGAUGAGAAGAACUGAUGUGGAGGAAAUGAGGUCCAUCCCUAUUGGAAUUCUUCCUCUCGGGAGAGAAAACAGGUUUUACCAGUCCAACCUGUCCUCGACCACCUUCAAACCACCAGUCAGAGCUAUUGGAGAUGCUACGAUGGACAUCAUUAGAAGCGAGCACACUAAACCUCUGAAUCUCAUGGAAAUAAAACCAGAAUCAGGCCGCCUGCUGUAUGCUCUGUCAUCUGUCCAGUGGGGACCGAUGAGAGAUGCUCACGAAAACAGAGAUGGGUUUCGACUCUUUGGUAGACUAAGGCUUCUAUUCUCGCACCUCAAUGUUGCACUGCAGCGAUGGCCAAGAGACUAUCUUCUACACGUGUGGUACCCACAAUAUUGCCAACUGAAACAAGACCAAGACACCCCCUCUCCUCCAUCUGAGAAAACCACCAACCACCACCUCUCACAACAGUUCUACUGCCACUGGCACUAGCUCUGUGCAGGCUACGGAUACUAGCAGUCCUUUCACUGCCACUAUAGACUCUAACAGUUCUUU